AUGCGGGUUCUUUUUUGGAAUAUCAAUGGCGUUGCGCGUACAGCAGCACAUUCUAAGCUUAGGGAGCUGAUUAGAGAUUUCCAUCCUGAAGUUUUUGGUCUUGCUGAACCAAAAGUGGCGUGCUCAGCAAAUUUUUGGAGGAGGCCAAUUUCUGAAGGUUAUUCUUCGUUUAUUAUUAAUAAUUCUGCUAAUUCUGGUAUUGCAAAUCUUUGGAAAGGUGGCUUGGAAGUAAGAUCCUCUGUUAUUGAUGAUUUCGGUGAUUGGAUGGAUGACAAUAAUCUUUUUGAAUCGGAUUCCUUGGGCAGCAAAUUCACUUGGUGUAAUAGGAAAUCUGGUACUAGGUGUAUUAUUAGUAAGUUGGAUUGUGCAAUUAUUAAUGCGGCUUGGCUUGCUAAAUUUGAGAAUUGGUGGUGUAAAGCUCUUCCUAGGGAAGUUUCCGACCAUUCUACUCUUCUUGGUUAUCCUUUUUCUGUUCCUAGGCCUUGUCGAGCUCCUUUUCGUGUUCAAAAGAUGUGGUUUUUACAUGGGGAUUUUCUUCGGAUGGUCAAUGAGAAUUGGACUUUGUCUGUUCAUGGUUCUCCUGAUUUUAUUUUCCCUUACAAAUUAAAGCGGCUGAAGAUUGCAAUGAAGGAUUGGAAUCUGAGGAUUUUUGGUAAUGUGAAUUCUCGUUUGAAGCAAGACCAACUUCGUUUUGAGACAACAGCUCUUAUUUCAGGUGAGGAUCCUAGUAAUACUGCUAAACUAAAUGCAAUGAAAACUUUAGGUGAUACUCGUUUGCAACAGUUAACUAUGCUCAAGCAAAAGUCUAGGAACAAAUGGUUGGUGGAGGGUUCAAGUAAUUCCAGUUUCUUUCAUAAUAGUAUUAGAAUGAGAAAAAGUUCUAAUACUAUUUCGGAACUUGUUGAUAUGAAUGGGACUUGUUUGAAAAAUUAUGAGCAGCUUCGUAAUCAUGUAGUUCAGUUCUAUGAAGAUAAGUUCAAUGGCCAAGAUCCGGUGAUAGAAGGUGAUUUAUUUGAUUUUGAGCAUGCUUCAAUUUCUGUUGAGGAGAGCAACGCCAUGGAUAUGAUUCCUUCCCCGGAAGAAAUUAAGCAAGCUGUUUUUGAUCUGAGUGCGGAUAGUGCCCCAGGGCCGGAUGGUUUCUCUGGUUGUUUCUAUCGUCAUUGUUGGGAUAUUAUUCAUGAUGAUUUAACCAAGGCCAUUAUUCAUUGUUGGAAUGCGGGUAGUAUUCCAAAUGGUGUUAAUUCAUCUUUUAUCAUCUUGCUGGAUAAGGUAGCCUUCAUGAAAGGGAGAAAUAUUCAUGAGAAUAUUAUCUUGGCGUCAGAGAUGGUUAAUGAGUUGCAUUAUAAACGCAAGGAUGGCAACAUUGGCCUUAAACUUGAUAUUUCUCAAGCUUUUGACACGUCUGCUAGAAUUUCUGUCAUUUUGAAUGGUAGUCCGGAAGGUUACUUCAAGAUUAACAUAGGUUUGCGUCAAGGUAAUUCCAAAAGUCUUCAUAAUCUUGUAGACUUGUUGGGAAGAUAUCAGCGUGCUUCAGGCCAGACUGUUUGUCGUCAAAAGAGUAAGAUUUAUUAUGGUGGUGGUUCUUCGAGUUGGUGUAAUUAUAUUGCAUAUUAUUUGGGGAUGAGUGUAGCUACUUUUCCGGACCGCUAUUUGGGCGUUCAAAUUAUGCCAGGUAUUGUUCGAUAUCGCCAUAUUAGCAAUGUGGUUGAAAAGAUUAGAAAUCAGCUUGCUGGUUGGAGAGGGAGUUAUUACAUUCAUAAUAUGGCUAUUUAUAAGUGGCCUCGUAAGUUUAUUCUUCAAUGUGAGAGGGCUAUCCGUAACUUUAUUUGGUCUGGUGAUUCGAACAUUAAUCGUGUAGUGGUAGUGGCUUUUGAUAAAAUCUAUUGCCCUUUUGAGGAGGGGGGUCUCGGACUAACUCAUAUGGCCACUAUGAACAAAGCUCUUAUUAUGAAACUUUGGUGGAAGAUUCGUAAUUCUACAAAGAAGUGGGCUCUUUUCCUGAAGGCAAAAUUAUUUGAUCGUAAGGGUUGUAUUAAGCAUUCAGGGGUUAAAUCUUCUAUUUUGUCUUGUUUAAGGAGUGUGUAUAAUUGUGUGGAAAAGAAUAUUAAGGUCUUAAUUGGUGAUGCUAGAGUUAGUGAUAUUUUAAAGGAUGGCCUUUGGGAUAUUCCUGAAAUUCACUUGCAAUACUUGAUUGUUGCUGGUCUAGAGUUGAAUAGGAUGCCAAUUCCUAUGGGUGGAGCUGAUGUUAGGGUAUGGAUGCCGGAGUUGAAGGGUGAGUUCAGCGUUAAGUCUGCAACUGAUGAUGUUGUUCUUCUGAACUAUUUUAGAGUGCAGCACCGUAGUGUGAAGUGGCAUUAUCAUGUGGCUUGUUUUUGGUUACCGCCUGAGGCUAAUGACUUACCAAUUUGUUGUGAUGGAGCGGCGAGAGGAAACCCAGGCGUUGCGGGUGCAGGUGUAGUAGCUAGGGAUGAGUAUUGUUCAGUUCUUGGUGCAUGA